AGUCCUUACUUCUCUGCUGGAUUUGGCUUAAUGGGUGUAGGAGCUGGUUUAACAGUGCUUCGAAGGGGAACCAUAGGACUGGCUGGGUUGGCGCGCCGUCGGCUACUGAUUUCUCUCGAGAUUCCUUCGAAAGACCGCGCGUACCCAUGGUUUCUUGAGUGGAUGUCAAUUCAAAGCAAAAUGCGGCAGCAAUCCCAAGGGUUAAGUCUUCGUAGCCACCAGCUAAGCGUGGAAACAAGUGUAAAACAACAUGAUAAUGGGGGCUCGGACGUUCAAUUUAGCCUGGUUCCUGGGCCUGGGACUCAUUAUUUGCAGUAUAAGGGAGCAUGGAUGCAAGUUGUUCGUGAGCGUGACUCAAAGAUGCUGGACCUAAACUCUGGGACCCCUUGGGAGACCAUAACACUGACGGCCCUAUCGAGGGAUCGUUAUUUGUUCCCGCAUCUAUUAGCUGAGGCCCGAGAGGCGGCCACAUCAGGACAAGAGGGUAAAGUUGUAAUUUACACUGCGUGGGGUGCAGAGUGGAAACAAUUUGGCCAGCCCCGGCGAAAGCGCGAUAUUCGAAGUGUUGUCCUUGAGGAUGGUAUCAGCAAGCGUAUCGAGGAAGAUUUAAUGCACUUCCUGACGCGAUCGAAGUGGUAUUCGGAACGUGGGAUCCCUUAUAGACGUGGAUACCUCUUGCACGGACCACCAGGAAGUGGCAAGACCUCAUUCAUACAAGCACUAGCUGGAAAGCUAGCCUAUAGUAUAUGCGUGUUGAACCUCUCCCAAAGGGGGCUCAUGGAUGACAAGCUCAACCAUUUGCUGAUGAAUGCACCUGAACGGAGCUUCAUUUUGCUUGAGGAUGUUGACGCUGCAUUCAGUAAACGAGUCCAGACCUCAGAAGACGGAUAUCAAUCAUCAGUUACAUUCUCUGGACUCCUUAACGCCCUAGACGGAGUGGCUUCCAGUGAAGAACGGAUCAUUUUCAUGACCACGAACCACUUAGACCGACUUGACGCAGCACUCAUACGCCCAGGGCGUGUCGACAUGAUGGAGUGCCUGGGCGAUGCUUCCACAGAACAAGCCAAGACGUUGUUCCUCCGCUUCUAUGGCAGUAUUGAGGAGGAUGAGAGUAGCCAACCAAAACACCAUCCAGUUUCACAAUCCCAAGAGAUUGGUGCCCUUGCCGACGAGCUGAUCCAAAAGCUGCAAGCCAGGAGGGGGGAGUCUGGUCUCAGCAUGGCCUCACUUCAGGGCCACUUUAUUCGACACUCAGCCAAGAGUGCGGUCGCCAACAUUGAGGAGCUAUUUACUAGUGUGUCCGUGCGAAAUGAAAGUCCUUAA